AUGACAAGAAGAGAGCUUGAAAAAAUAGAAGAGGAGGCAAAAUACACUGCCGUUUUGAAUGAAGCAUCGGAAAUGAACCUGAUGCUGAAUACCCGACUUACUGAGGCCUGCAGCAAUGAGCGAAGACUUCUUCGAAAGCUAGGAAAAUAUGUAAGACCUCAAGGCGUUCAGGAAAACAGUCUCCUUCAUCCACUAACUUACGAGAGCACUACAGCCGAACCUAUUUCGCCGGAACCGAAUCAUUUGUCCGCUAAUCGCUCACGUAUAGUCCAACGGCUCCGAGACCUCCCCCCAGCGGACAGAAGGGCCGAGAGCAAUGAGCAGACGUACGACAAGAUAUGUGUGCUGUUGAACCAAAUGCUAUCAGCGGGACAAGACAUUCGGGCAACGAAAGAUGCUAUGUGGAGCGAAGCAAUCCUCAGUAAAUUUCACAGAGAUAUAGUUGAACCGGUGCUUGUCAAAAUGCGGGAACAGGACGAUACCACCGUUGAAAACAUUAUGCAAAUGAUAGAAACGGAAAUAUCAGCGAAGUCAUAUAUUCAGUCAAGGACUCAGCUGAAUGAACCCAAUAAGAGGGCAUCAGAGUCCCGAUAUUCGCGGAUUCAAAAAUGUGCAAUCUGUGACAAAGAUAACCACUUUGCUUGGCAGUGCACGACACCUCUCACGGUUACAGAAAAGCGACAGAUUAAUUCUUAA